CACAGGGACCCGGAAAGAUCUCAAUCCCCCGAAUCUCCCGCAUAAUGGGGUGUGUCAGAGAUGACUACUUCUGCUGUUGCUGUCGCCGUCACCGCCGCUUCACUCUUCACCGCCGUCCGCCUCCGCCCCAGAAGCACCACCACCGGCAUCUUUCUCCGCUCCGACCGUUUCCACUCCCCCUCCGGUCGCCGCCGAUUACCACUGCGAGUUACUAAUGACUCUAAUAGGACUGAGGUACCUCCUGGUGAUACCAUUGAAAGAUCAGAAGCUGAUAAGAUUGUUGAUGGUUUGGACUUUGGUGAGCUUUGUAAUGAGUUCGAGUGCAUUAGCAGCCCCUCCGUGGAAGCUACAGCAAGACAACUUGCGCGUGAUAUCUUAGAGCUUCGUGAAGGCAAUCGCGCCCUUGGAACCUAUGCUGUUGCUGUCAAGUACAAGGAUCCUGUCAGAAGUUUUACUGGACGUGAGAAGUACAAGAGACCACUUUGGAUAACCGAUGCCCUAGAGAGGCCAACUGUGACUGUGCAAGAAAUGGUGAUGUUGUCAACCAGUGUGCUGAGUAUUAAGUGGACGAUAAAAGGGAAGCCUAAAUCUUUACCUGCUGGUAUAGGAGGAGACUUGAUUAUUAAAGUUGCUUCACAGUUUACUCUGAACCAGAUCAGUGGACAAGUGAUCGAGCACGAGGAGUUUUGGGAUUUAUCAGCUUCAUCACCCAUAGCUCAGGCUUAUUUCUGGACGUCGCGCCGUCUUUUCGCUACGAUCGAGUCUGGGAAAGAUGUAUCCGACUUUGUUAAGGACAUUACCAGCCGGUUUUCGGCACCAAAAGAGAACUUAGAGAUUUACCCAGACCCUUCUGGUGAUCCAAUGAAGUUCUUUCAAAGGGACGACAGUUUCCAAAGAGAUGCCUACCAAAUUGCACUAUUCGUGGCAGUUCUAUAUUUCGUUGUACAGUUUCUGAGGACAACACUUUAGAGCCAACUUGGGUUACAUUCUGAACAUGUAUAGUUGUAAUUAUCGGCUACACAUGCAGAUAAUGACUGCAUCAUAGUAUUAUGUAACGACCUUUUAUACGAGAGAAUUGUGUUGGCUGUU